AUGGCCACCCAGAUCCCCAUGAUUUCGGUCCCGCUGAAGCAGACCAACGAGAUCGACUGGAUCCAGCCGUUGAAGGGCUACAUACGGCAGACGUACGGCGAUGACCCCGAACGCUAUGCGGAAGAGUGUGCAACCCUCAACCGGUUACGGCAGGACAUGCGCGGCGCAGGGAAGGACAGCGCGGCGGGGAGAGACCUGCUGUACAGAUACUACGGGCAGCUGGAGCUGCUCGACCUCAGAUUCCCAGUCGACGAGAACCACAUCAAGAUCAGCUUCACAUGGUUCGACGCCUUCACACACAAGCCCACCUCUCAGUACUCUCUCGCCUACGAGAAAGCCAGCAUCAUCUUCAACAUCUCCGCCGUCCUGUCCUGCCACGCAGCGCACCAGAACCGCCACGAGGACGUCGGCCUCAAGACUGCCUACCACUCCUUCCAGGCCUCGGCCGGCAUGUUCACCUACAUCAACGAGAACUUCCUGCACGCCCCUAGCCAGGACCUGGGAAGAGAGACGGUCAAGUGUCUGAUCAGCGUCAUGCUGGCCCAGGCGCAGGAGGUGUUUCUGGAGAAGCAGGUCGUGGACGGGAAGAAGGUCGGCUUGCUGGCGAAGCUGGCGAGUCAGGCAGCGUUCCUGUAUGCCCAGGCCACUGAAGGCGCGCAGGAGAAUGUCACGAAUGCGGUGUUUGAAAAGGUCUGGUUGUUGGUUUGCCAGAUCAAAGCAAACUACAUGGCCUCAGCGGCGCAAUACUACCAAGCGCUCGCCGAUGACGACGCGAACGCGCACGGAGUCGCCAUCUGCCGACUCCAGGUCGCAGAGACGAGCGCUCGGGACGCAAACCGCGCAGCCAACAGCUUUCCCAACUCGGCGCCCGCAAACUCAAACUUGACUUCGGAAACGCACGGCAUACUGUCUGAGAUGACCAAAAAGCAUCUCUCGAACGUCCAGGAGAAGCUGGCCGAGUUCAUGAAGGACAACGAUUUCAUCUACCACCAAGGUAUUCCAAACGAGGCUUCGCUAACGCCGAUCCCGAAGCUGCCCGCAGCGAAAGCGAUACCCGUCAGCGAAUUGUAUCAAGGCCAGGACGUGCAGAGAAUCAUUGGACCCGACAUCUUCCAGAAAAUCGUACCCCUAGCCGUCACAGAAUCCGCAAGUCUCUACGACGAGGAGAAGGCGAAGCUGAUCCGUGCCGAGAGCGAGAGGGUCGAAGUCGCAAACGACGAAAUGGCAGCCAGCCUCGACUACUUGAAGCUCCCAGAUAGCUUGAAUGUGCUGCGCGGAGGCAUGGACCAGGAUAUGAUGGUCGACUCGGACUUCCGGAAGUGGUGUGAGGAUCUUGCCGGCCACCAAUCGUUUUCGUCGGCUUUCGAUCAGCUGAACCGUGACAAGUCGGAGAUUGCUGGCACAUUGGACGCCAGCAUGAAGCAGCUGGACAUGGAGGAGAGCGUAUGCGAGAAGAUGCGGUCCAAGUACGGUCCGGAGUGGACGCAGCAGCCCAGCUCAAGACUUACGGCGACACUGCGGAGCGAUAUCAGGAACUACCGUGGAGCGGUAGAUGAGGCGAGUACGAGCGAUGCGCAGCUGUACAACACCUUCCGGCAGUGCGAGGCGGAUUUUGAUGAGAUGCGUUCCGCCGGUGAGACGGACGAGGCGGAUGUGCUGUACCAGAGAGCUAUGAUCAAGGCCGGUGCUCAGAAGGGCAAGAGUCCAAGACCUGCAGAAGGCAAUCUCAUCGACGACGACUUUGACGACGGACCGACGGUUUCAGAUCAGAUCGCGGCUGUCGAGGACUUGCUGCGGAAACUGAAUCUGGUUAAGAAAGAGCGGGCCCAGAUACUGCUCGAUCUGAAGGGCAAGGUACAUUCCGACGACAUCUCGAACGUCCUUAUUCUCAACAAGAAGGCGAUUGCGAACCAGGAGUCGCAGCUCUUCAAAGCCGAGCUCGAAAAGUUCCGACCACACCAGAACCGCAUCCUGCAAGCCAACCACAAGCAAGCAUCCCUACUCAAGGAACUCACACGCACCUAUUCGGACCUUCUCAAAGACAAACGCGUCAGGUCAGAGCAAAGUAAAUACGAAGCCUUCUCGAGACAGCGAAACACCGUCAUGACCAAGUACCGGAGGGUCAACCAGAACUUCAACGACCUCGUGGCUGGCCUCAACCGCGCUCAGCAGUUCUACUCGGAGAUGAAGGAGACGGUAUCGAGUCUGCAAAAGAACGUCGAGACAUUCGUCAACAACCGAAGAUCCGAGGGCGGACAGCUCCUCGCCCGCAUCGAGCAGAGCAAGUCACAAGGCGCAGACCACGAGCAGCAGCGCCUCAAAGACCUCAUGGAGCGCAUGUCCAUGGAACCAUCAGGAUCGCCUGUCUCAGCCGGCAGCGGACGCAAGAAGUCGGUACCGCCUCCGCUGUCCUCAAUACCCGGAUACCCCAGCACCUCCCCAGCGGGCCACGUGCAAUACAACCCCGCGGCCUCACCGCCAGUAACACCGCGCUACCCACCUACCACGCAGCAAUCCUUCAUGUCCCCGCAGCAAUCGUACAGCGGGGCGGCAUCCAACACCUUCCAGCCCCCUCCCCCCCGCCGCGAAUCCUACCAGCAAUACCCGCAACACCAACACCAAACCUCGCAAUCCUACAACCCAGCCCAACACCAAUACAACCCCGUCUCGCCCCCAGCACAUCAGCAGUUCUUCUCCCCACCCCCGCCACAACACCCGCAGCACCAGCCGUGGGGCCAACCGCCGCCGCAGCAGCCGCCGCCGCAGCCGCAGUGGGGCCAGAACGUGCCGCAGGGCUACGUACCGCCGCCGCCGCCGCCGGGCCCGCCGCCUCAGCAGGACUACUCUCACUUCUCGCAGGGCUCGUAUCCCGCCGGCCCCGGUGGGUAUGCGCAGCGGCCCGCGCAGGGUCAGGCUCAGGGCCAGGGCCAGGGCGGAAGCGAUCCGUGGGCCGGUUUGAGCGGGUGGAAAUAG